ACAAAAACCAAAACAAUGGCUAGCCCAUCAAUGGCAAUGGAUCCUCGCAUAUGGAGAAACCUCCCACAAAAUCUCUUAGACCGAAUCCUCGCUUUCCUCCCACCACCUUCCUUCUUCCGCGCACGCGCUGUUUGCAAACGUUUAUACUCCCUUAUCUUCUCCGACACCUUCUUAGAAAUGCACCUUCAUCUCUCCCCAUCCCUUCACUGGUUCCUCUUCUUCCCUUCAACUAACAUCCCUACUCCAACAACCACCACCACCACUACCACCCCAACCACUCUCUCCACUGCCUUCCUCCUCAACACCAACGACAACACAUGGCACCACCUUUCCUUCUCCUCCCUUAUCCCUCCCAACUUCUCCCCCGCCGCCUCUUCCGGCGGCCUUCUCUGCUUCAUCUCCACCACCCCCGGCCUUAAAACCCUCAUCCUUUGCAACCCUUUAUCCAAACUCAUCUCCCAACUCCCUUCUUCUCUUCGCCCCCGUCUCUUCCCUUCCGUCGGCCUCACCGUAGGCCACUCCUCCUUCAUCUGCGUCAUCGCCGGCGACGAUCUCAUCUCCCCUUUCGCUGUCAAAAACCUCACUGCUGAAACCUUCCACGCUGAUGGCCUCACUGGCUUCUACUCACCUUGGACCACCGCCAGUUCUCUCCCUCGUCUCUGCAACCUCGAGUCCGGCCUCAUGCUCUUCAUCUCCGGCCGCUUCUACUGCAUGAACUACAGCCCGUUCAGUGUCCUCGCUUACGACGUCGCCUCCAACGACUGGUUCAAGAUCCAAGCUCCCAUGCGCCGCUUCCUCCGUUGCCCAAGCCUCGUCGACCUUGGCGGCCGCGUGGUCCUCGUCGCUGCCGUCGAGAAGAGCAAGCUCAACGUACCGAGGAGUCUCCGGCUAUGGGUUCUCCAGCCUUGCGGCCGUGCUUGGGCUGAGCUUGAUCGGAUGCCGGCUGAGGUUUAUAGGCAAUUCAGUGAGGCUGAAGGUGGUCAUGGGUUUGAGUGUGUUGGCCAUGGCUGUCUCAUAGUCAUUACUAUCAAAGACUCUAAUGAUAUACUUCUCUUUAACUCUCACCGGAAAGUAUGGUGGUGGGCGCCGCCGUGCCCGUUCUUGGACGUCCGGCAACGGCGUGGUUUGAGAGGUUUUGCUUAUGAGCCUCGCUUGGCUACUCCUUCUGUUGGUCUUCUUGAAACUCCUACUUCCAUCUCAUUCCAUGCUUUCAGUGCUUAAUUAGUUCUAUGGUUCUAUGUUUCCAUGUCUUUCUAGUUUGUCAGUUAGUUAGGGUUGGUUUGUUUUGGGGUCUCUUUCAUUGGUUGCAUGGGAUGAUAUAUUCCAUGUUAUGCUAUGCUA